AUGAAGCCCUCGGAUCAUGGGCCUCUUCUCCGUCGCAAGUCUUCGACUCCUCACUACCAGACGUUUGGCGGCAUAUCACCUCCCAAAUCUCGAGGGCGACCGUUGUCCGAUUCUUCCAACUCGUCCAGCCACGACCUGCACAAUGGAGAAGACAAUCACCACCACCACAGCUCGCCGCUGCCGAAGAAACAGAUGGCCAUCCUAGCGGUCAUAGCUCUAUGCGAACAGACUGCACUCAAUUCUAUCAGCCCCUACCUACCUGCGAUGGCCUCGACAUUUCCUGAGGUGAAUCCCGGACAAGUGGGCAUGUAUGUGGGGUUGAUCGCUUCUGCCUUUGCGCUCGCGCAGUUGGCGACAAACUUCUUCUGGGGGUGGUUGUCUGAUCAUAUUGGAAGAAAGCCGGUAAUCUUGAUGGGCACAAUAUUUACGGCGGCCUGUUUUGUGGCGUUCGGAUUUGUGAAGACACUGCCACAAGCAAUUGUGGUCCAAGCGUUUAUGGGGCUGUUGAAUGGGAAUCAAGGUGUUGUCUCUACCUGCCUUGGUGAGAUCACCGAUCGAAGCAAUCAAUCACGGGCUUUCACCUAUCUCCCUGUCAUCUAUGGCCUUGGAGGUAUCACCGGCCCCGUCAUCGGCGGUGUGUUGGUGUUUCCCAGGAAUCCCUUCGACAGAUCCAAGCCGAAUCCGUACCCUUAUCUUACACCGAACCUCCUGUCCGCAGCGAUCCUCUUGAUAGACUUCGUUUUGACGUCAAUCUUCCUCGAGGAAAGCUUAGAAGAGGCACAAUAUCUCCAGCCGCUGGGAUCCAGAGUUCGGAACCUCUUUACAUGGCUUUGGCAGUUCACCUCUUCCAGCAGACCUCACUACCUGCGGCGAAAGGGUAAGAGCCAUCAAAGCCCAACCCACCAAAACGGUCUUGCCGAGCUCUCGGACGACGAAGAUACGGAUGGCGGCGCGGAAACCCCCGGCUUCCUCCCUGCUUCAGAUGAAUUGAAGAAGAAAGACGUGCUCAACCGGGACACCAUCCUCCUCCUUGUGACAUACCUCAUUUUCCAACUGUCCAACAUUUCCUUCAACUCGCUCUAUCCCAUUUUCGCUCAAGCCUCACCACCCACCGGCCGAAAUCUAGACCCAGAGGAGAUCGGCCUGUCGCUCGCGUUUGCUGGAGUGGUGACCAUUCUUUUCCAAAUUGGUAUUUUCGGAAAGUUGCGGGAUAUGAUGGGAAAUAGAUGGGCUUACAGAAUUGGGUUGGCUGGAUUUGUGAUUGCCUACGUCUUGAUGCCCUGGGUCGGUUAUAAAGACGAUGCCGACGGCAAUGUGGGUACACGUGGUGCGGCAUGGCUAUGGCUAGAGAUUUGCAUUGUACUCCUUAUCAAAACUGUCGCAGCGGUAGGCGGUCUUACCAGCGCUCUGUUGUUGAUCACCAACUCGGCUCCUAAUCACUCGGUUUUGGGAACCCUCAAUGGCCUUGCACAGACCCUGUCAGCUGCGGGUCGAGCGGUUGGCCCGUUCGUUUCAGGCGGUCUUUUCUCACUCGCCACUCGAGUCCAUCCUAAAGGAGAAGCCCUUGCUUUUGGCAUCUUUGGUGGUAUCUCAUUCAUCGGUUUCUUGUUAAGCUUCGGUAUUCGAUCACCCAACUUGGAGGCUGAGGGAUGGGACUCGGAGAACGAAGAUGAAGAUGACGAUGACGGGUCUGACAAGUCGGAGGAUGAAGAGGCUUGA